GGCCGUGUGGACGUCACAGAAGCUCCAUUGACAGGCAACGGGAACCCGCCAGCACUCUGCCACGUCAAAGUUUCGGCGUUCCGAUUGGACCAGUGGGAGCAGGAUUAACACUUGUUAAGGCUUAAGGCUGCCUGGAGACAAUUACAGGGUGAAGUGCGCUUGUAUCGAGGGGUGAAGGAAGGUCACUUAUGGGACUUUGGACUCGACGGACCCGCGCAUGCUCCGAGAGGCGUCCCGGUUCGUCCAAAUGUGACAGGCAGUUGUUUCAUGCGGGCCUAGCGGCUGCCACAUUCCUCAUCCUCCUGGGACUUUCUUUGCUCUACUUACCAGAGCCGCUCGCGCUUGAGCCGGCCACGGCUGCUCUCGAGGUGACGCUCUUGAUUUGGACUCAUCCGUUCGGGCGGAAGCGUCCACUUCCGGAUUGUUGGCUGCGUUACGGCGUCGACGGCUGCGUGUUGACGGACGACCCUCGCGCGUACGCGCGCGCUGACGGCGUGCUCGUGCACCAUCGCGACAUCGUCGGCGGAAACGCGGAGCUGCCACCGGAAGUGGACCGGCCGUCGGGGCAGAAGUGGAUAUGGCUCAACUACGAGUCUCCCUCACACACCCCAGCCCUGUGGCGCCUGGAGGGGCGCUUCAACCUCACCAUGAGCUACCGCACCGACUCUGACAUUUUCCUCCCGUACGGCUACCUGGUCCUCAAGCACGGCAGCGGGCAGCUCCUCUCAGAACCUUCCAGAACUUCUCGCCCUGGUUUUGUCGCAUGGGUGGUGAGCAACUGGGUGGAUUCACAGGCCCGCGUGGCCUUCUACUACCAGCUCAGCCGGUACAUCCAGGUGGACGUAUUCGGCCGAGCUGGACGCAGCAUUCCGGAAGGGUCCGGAAGCGUGGUGCAGCUUGUAAAGCGCUAUCAUUUUUACUUAGCCCUGGAGAACUCGCAACACACGGACUACAUCACAGAGAAACUGUGGAACGCCGUGCUGGCCGGAGCCGUGCCGGUGGUCCUGGGUCCCGCCCGGAAGAACUACGAGCGUUUCCUGCCGCCGGAGGCCUUCAUCCACGUGGACGACUUCCCCUCGGUGAAAGCGCUGGCCCGCUACUUAGUGGAGCUUAGGCGAGACCCGGCACGGCUGCAAAGCCACCUGCGUUGGAGGACAGGCUACGGACUGCGCCAGCCCACCUUCUGGGGAGAACACUACUGCACCGCCUGCAGGGUGCUAAAGAAGAACUUGGGUCACACUCAGGUGGUCCAUAACUUGACCGGAUGGUUCGAGUCGUGAAGCGAAAGAAAAUCGAAAUGUGGCCAUAACACAACUUCAUAAACCUCAUCAGAUGCAACAUGCAUACAAGCGUCUGGCCUCUCUCACAAUCCUUUCAUCUGUGCUUUUUGCCCAUACGUCUCGCGACCCCCCCCCCCAAAACCACCAAUCAGACCCCCCCCCUCCCCCUUCUCUUUCUUCUUGUUUUUCCUGUCUACUGAACAGAGACAUGUUGAUAUGAGACCCCGCCUGCUCGCCGGCCCGGCCACAAGGGAGCAAGUCUCUGGUGCCUUUUGAUCAGCUGCAAGAUCAGACAUGUCACCCUCAACCGACCCCCCCACCCCCGCCCCCGCCUCCAUGUAUACUCCAGUGACUGAUCAUGCAGUAUAAUGGGCAGCCGCGGACGAGCCCCGAAAGAUGCACGCCCACGCUCGUUGCCUACGUAAAGCCGAUUGAAGCGGGCUGUUGUUGAUACCUCCGCUGGCACACUGUUUGCCGGACGCCAGAGACGGCGGGCGCGUGUGACCGUGUGCCAUUUCCCCUUUCUUGCCCUUUUUUCUUGCCUUUGACAGUAAGAUGGAUGAUCGCAAUCACACAGGCGCUAUCAGCGAGACCGAGUGGAAGGUCCGCAGGCCGCCGAGACACAGUCAUGGGAAACCAGCCGUCAGAUUACCGGCCGGCCGGCCGUUCUUCAUAUGCGUUGGCCUUGCUUGCUUUUUCUUCUGCCGAUGCGGACAUGGAACAUUUCUGAUACGUUCGUAUCGCAGAUUAUCUUUCCCCAUUGAAAUGAAUAGAAAGGCCAUAAAUGCGAUCCAACCUUCCCCUACUCUAUAUUUUUUCCAACGCAAUUACCGUUUUUUUCCCAUGUAUAAUGCGCCCCCAUGUAUAAUCCGCACCCUAAAAAUGGCAUGUUGAUGCUGGAAAAAAGCCUGUACCCAUGUAUAAUACGCACCCAAAUUUUGACUCCUACUUAAGUCCGUGAACGUAAAAUUGUUUUGGAAAAAAUAUCAUUUUUGGGAACAACCGGAUGUUAUUCUGCCGGUCAGUAUCACUGCGCAUGCGCUAGCAUACUCAAGAGCGAAGAAAUGUUUCGGAUUUGCGUAGGGUACAUUGUGACGGCAAACGAGCAGGUGAUCUAGCAAGCGUCUGACACGAUAACAUUGUGUUUGUACCCAUGUAUAAUGCGCACCCCAGAUUUUAGGACAAUACAUUAGUUAAAUUUUGCGCAUUAUACAUGAAAAAAAACGGUCAAUGGAAUGUAAAGAAAUAAACAGGUUGUGCGUUAUCAUGAA